AUGAAUGGCCGAACAUUUUUGGCCAAAUUGGAUGAUGAAGAAAAGAUAAUUAAAUUACGAGCAGAUGGAUAUAAUAAAUUACUUCAAACCGAUGACAGUCGAUUAACCGAAGAUGUACGCACUGAUAUUAAUGCUGUAAUCGGAGAAGUAAAUUUACUAUUAAAAGGUAAACUGAAACAAUUUCGUGGCCUAUGCGAAAGAAAUGUGAAUAAAUCACCUGGUGGUGAACCCAUACCUCUGGAUACUGAUCUCGAAGGUUUUUGGGAUAUAACAUUUCCAUUGAUUGAUAAGGUUAAAGAAAAAUUCUCUAAGCUUGAUGUACGAAAAACUAAACAAUGGGCUAUAAUUGAAGAAUAUGAUCCAAAUGAUGUUAAUAAUCGCCCUCGGAUAAUCGAUGAUCGUCUUAAACAACUUCAACCUCAGCAAAAUAAAUCGAAAAUUCCCGUAACAAAACCAGCGAAUGAUCAUCUAAAAAAAUUAAUUCAAGAAAAACGGAAAGCAGCUGCUAAUACUGCAAAUCAUGAUAUUGAAAUAUUUGUCGCACAGAAAUAA